AUGCUCUGGGGAACUUCGUGCUCGAGCGCUCACGAUAAGCCUAUAUUACCCUUCGAUGGUAACCACCGUGGGGCUGGUAUACACAUCUGCAAUGGCUUUGGCUUGACUGUGAUCCUGAUCACCCUUGCCAUCAGAGCCUACAUACGAACACGGGUGGCACCUCCAUGGACAUAUGACGACCAUGCGCUGGCUGCUGCCACCAUACUUGCAACCAUACAAUGCUUGCUGGUAUUUGUUGAAGUCAGCGGUGGAUUCGGCACGUCGUUGGAGCUCUUGAACCCGGAACAACUGUUGACUGUCCAGAGGCUAGGCUAUGCAGCCGACAUCUUCUACGUCCUCUCAAUCUAUGCCGGCAAGAUCAGUGUCGUGCUACUGUUCAAGCGCAUCAUCGCGGAACGAAUGCACCAGAUCGUUGCAUGGAGCAUCUUCGGUGGCUGCUGCGUAAUGGGCUUCAUCUCCAUCUUUCUCUCAGCUUUGCGCUGCGAUGUUUCUCAACCAUGGUUGCAGUUCGAGAAGAAUUUCCCUUCACUCGCCGCGCAAUGGUCUGCAGUCGCGGCUUUCGAUAUCGUCACCGAGCUAUCGCUCUUCUUCAUCAGCAUCCUCCUCGUCCAUGGUCUCCACACCAAGGCUAAGAACAAAGGGCGAGUAGUCCUAGCAUUCGGCAUUCGCCUGCCCAUCAUCGCCAUCAUAAUCAUCCGCCUCAUCUACCUCAAAAGAGAACUCCAAUCCCCCGACCCAACCCUCGAUGGCGUCCCCGCCUCCAUCCUCACCCAAGUCGAAAUCUUCUACAACAUCAUCACCGCCACCGUACCCUGCCUCCGUCCCUUCCUCGCAGGCUUCGCAACCAACUUCGGCGCCAUCGGCAGCGGCACGGUCCUCGGAGGCUCACAAAUCGGCACCGGCAGCAAGAACAGCCACAGCAACUCCAAAAGCGGGAGUUUUGCCCUAUCCUCCCUCACAUCGAGGAAUCGCAUCUCCGCUUUGAAAGAGAAGAUCAUACCGACGAGCACGACACAGAGUUCGAGGAGCCAUGAUGUGACGGGGGAGGAUGAUAGCUGGCGUCCGGAUCCGAGUAAUAAUGAGACGACGGUGACGAGGGGGAAUUCGCGUUUGCCUGGGAAUGAUGCGAGUAGUAUCGCGAGCGAUGAGAGUACGAAGAUGAUUAUCAAGAAGGAGGUGCAGUUCUCGGUGGGCAGUGUGAGGGAGCAUGGGGCGCAGCAUUUGGGUGUGCCUGAUGAGGUGGGCAGAGCGAGUCAGGCGUGA